GCCAGACUGCCUUCAAAAUAUUACCAUUUUAAACUUUUUUUUUUUUGCUGUGUGUAAACAUUUUAUCUUCGCACGAUUUGAUCCCUCUUCUUGUUCCAGCCGACAUCGUGUUGGACUCCACUCGGCGUGUGUGACUCUCUUCAGCGUCUUUGAAAAGGCUGGCUGUCAAAAGUCCCACGCUGAUGUGGCAAGUGAACGUCUCACCGGUGGAGGUUGUUGAGCCGUUUGACUCCGCCCUCUUUUGGCCUUCCUCCCCCCCGGCCAUGAAUCCUGGCACAGACCGUGUUGACCCCUGGCCCUGCACCCCCUCCCCCCCCUCCCCCGGCCAUGAAUCCUGGCACAGACCGUGUUGACCCCCGGCCCUGCACCCCCCUUCCACCGCCCCCGGCCAUGAAUCCUGGCACAGACCGUGUUGACCCCCGGCUCUGCACCCCCCCUCCACCGCCCCCGGCCAUGAAUCCUGGCACAGACCGUGUUGACCCCCGGCCCUGCACCCCCCCUCCACCGCCCCCGGCCAUGAAUCCUGGCACAGACCGUGUUGACCCCUGGCCCUGCACCCCCUCCCCCCCUCCCCCGGCCAUGAAUCCUGGCACAGACCGUGUUGACCCCUGGCCCUGCACCCCCUCCCCCCCUCCCCCGGCCAUGAAUCCUGGCACAGACCGUGUUGACCCCCGGCCCUGCACCCCCCUUCCACCGCCCCCGGCCAUGAAUCCUGGCACAGACCGUGUUGACCCCCGGCUCUGCACCCCCCCUCCACCGCCCCCGGCCAUGAAUCCUGGCACAGACCGUGUUGACCCCUGGCCCUGCACCCCCUCCCCCCCUCCCCCGGCCAUGAAUCCUGGCACAGACCGUGUUUACCCCCGGCCCUGCACCCCCCCUCCACCGCCCCCGGCCAUGAAUCCUGGCACAGACCGUGUUUACCCCCGGCCCUGCACCCCCCCUCCACCGCCCCCCGCCGUGUCCGUCUUGUCGCCAGACCUGCGCCCGUGCCCCCUCCCGCAUGGCGAGGAGGCGGAGCUGGAGUGCUCGGUGUGCUACAGCCAGUUCAACAACGUGUUCCGCUGCCCCAAAGUGCUGACGUGCCGCCACACCUUCUGCCUGGAGUGUCUGGCCCGCAUCAACGUCAAGUCCCUGCAGCCCGCCGCCAUCCGCUGCCCGCUGUGUCGCCGCCCCACGCCGCUGCCCGCCCUCGGCCUGCCCAGGCUGACCACCGACGUGGGCGUGUUGGCGUCGCUGCCGGCCGCCAUGCAGCGAGUUUACAGCAUCCGCUUCCAGCGCAGCAAGGGCAGGCUGCAGGUCAAAAGGUUGUCUGACGGUCAGCCGUGUUGGGGUGAGAGGUCGCUGGCUGCCACCCGCUCCCUGGACGUGGGCCUUCCCAGCCCCCUGGUGAGGGGCGGCGCUGGCGAGGAGGCGGUGGGCGGGGCUUUCUUCAGGCUGAUGGGCCGGCCAGUGUGCCGCGCCCUGCUGCUGACGCUGGUGCUGAUGAUGACGGUGGUGCUGACCGCCGUGGUCGUCUUCUACCUCACGCACGACACGCACGCCCUCUAGCUCCGCCCUCUAGCUCCGCCCACAGUGACUGGCAUCAACAAAACUGGGAAGUGUCAAAUGUAAAAAUUGUGUUUUAGAAAACAUUUCAAA